AUGUCGCUCUGGAAAAAAGUCUUGCAAAUUACAUUCCAUUGGCCUGUAAGACAAUUGCAUACUUCAAAAGUUCAACAAAAAGCUGUCAUAAUAAAUGGUAAACAAAUAGCUGAUGAGAUUCAGAAUGAAUUAAAAACAACUGUUCAUACUUGGAUAAGUGACAAUAGAAAAAGGCCUAAAUUAGUAGCUAUAAUAGUAGGUAAUAAUCCAGCUAGUAAAGUAUAUGUUGCAAGAAAAAUGGAAGCUGCAAAAUUUAUUGGAAUUGAAAAUUACACUAUUCACUUAGAACAAAAUAGAUCACAACAAGAUCUUAUUAAGGAAAUUAAUAAUUUAAACGAAGAUGAAACUGUAGAUGGAGUUCUUGUACAAUUGCCACUAACAAAGCAUAUGAAUGAACACAAAGUAUGUCAGGCAAUUGCAUCAAAUAAAGAUGUUGAUGGUUUCAAUUUAGAAAAUUUAGGUAGUUUAGCACUAAAUAGCAAUGGGAUUGUUCCUGCUACUGCUUUGGCUGUAAAAGAAUUAAUAAUAAGGAGUAAUAUAGACACCUUUGGAAAAAAUGCAGUGGUAAUAGGAAGAUCUAAACAUGUUGGUUUACCAAUUGCAUUACUUUUGCAUGCUGAUAGCAAAGGUGAAACAAGUGCAUUGGAUAUGACUACAACUAUAUGCCAUCGUCAUACUCCUCACACUGAAUUAGAAAAAUUUACAAAAUUAGCAGAUGUAGUGGUUGCAGCAGCUGGUAUACCUGGUCUAAUUACUAAAGAAAUGAUAAAACCUGGAGCAUGUAUAAUUGAUGUAGGGAUAACAAGAGUAAAAAUGGAUAACAAGUUCAAAUUAGUUGGAGAUGUAGACUUUGAAAAUGUAAAAGAAAUUGCUGGACAUAUAACUCCAGUGCCAGGAGGUGUAGGCCCUAUGACUGUAACAAUGUUAAUGAAAAAUACAAUUUUAGCAGCUAAAAGGAAUUAUGAAAAUUCAAAACAAUUUGAACUUAAUAAAACUGAAGCUCCUAUAUUAAUGGUAUAA